AUGGAAAUAAUUGGUGGCAAUCAAUGGAAUAAGGGUAAAGGAGUCCAGGGGCAAAAUGGGAAAAAUCAAGGUGCGAAUGGAAGAACUAAUGGUUUCAAUUUUGAACAGGGGCAGAAUAGUAAAAGUACUAAUUUUUCGAGCAAAAUCAACAAUGCUGGGAUCGGUACAGGUGGAAAUAAUUUUCAGGGGAUUUCUCAUGUGUUCUCCUCUCAUAAGGAACUUAAUUCGAAUAUUGAAAAGAGAAAAAACAUUGGCAGUGGGCUGAAGUAUGUUCCAAAGUGUGGAGAUGAUUUUAAGAUUAGCUCUAACUUUGAUAAAAUCCCAAAUGUUGAGAAACAUCAAGAUCCUGCGAUUAUUUUAUCUAGCAAUAAAUUUGAUGUUUUAAAGGAUUUGGAAGAUGAUAAUCAAAUGGAUUUUUCCAGAAGUAGUGUUCAAGGAAUUGAUCUUGAUUACUUGGAUACUGUUGAUCAAAUGGAAGUUAUAGGUGCUAUUCUCGAGUCUCAAGUUAGCUCUAAUAAACUCAAUGAGAAGUGUGAUAAGAUUUUUGGGAAUUGGAAGUGGACUGCUAUUAAGGGGAAUUUAGGGCGUACUUAUCGCAUUAUUUUGGGAUGGAAUUCUCUUCUUUUUGAUGUUAACUUGAUUGAUCACAAUGAUCAAGUUAUUCACUGUAAAGUUUGUUUUCCCUCAAACAAUAAGUAUGUUUUCUGUUCCAUUGUUUAUGCAGCCAAUAAGUACAUUGAUAGAAGAGCUCUGUGGUGUUCCCUUGUGCAUCAUAAAGGUUUCGUCAAUGAUGAUCCGUGGAUUAUUGGAGGUGAUUUCAAUGUCACUCUUAAUCCUUGUGAAAGUUCUGCUGGAUCUUCCAAAUUUUCUAAAGGGAUGGUGGAAUUUCAUGACUGCAUUAAUACUCUUGAAAUUCAAGAUAUUAAUUGUAAUGGAUUGAAUUUCACUUGGAAUCAAAAACCUAAAGGAGUCAAUGGAAUUAUGAAGAAACUUGAUCGUGUCAUGGGCAACUGUAAACUUCUGGAUCAGUUCCCUUCAAUUUGUGCUUCUUUUCUUCCUUAUGGGAUUUCCGAUCAUAGUCCGGUCAUUAUUAAAAUUCCUUUAAGAACUAAAUUUAAGGGGCAUUUUUCGGAAAAUGUAAAUCAUUUUCGUAAGGAGCUGGAAGCGGUUCAAGCGGAUUUGGAUUUGGAUCCUUAUAAUUCUCAUCUUCGUGAUUUGGAGGCCAUCUUUCUUGGUGAAUUUAAAAAAGCACAUGAUAAGGAGGAGAAAUUCUUAAAACAAAGAGCUAAAAUCCAAUGGCUAAAGGAGGGUGACAGCAAUUCUAAAUUUUUUCAUAGAAUUGUUGAAGGAAAGAUGCAUAAAAACAGAAUUGAAGCUGUAAUGAAUUGUCGUGGAGAGUGGCUGGAAGGUGAAGCUGUUUAUAAAGAAUUUGUUGACUAUUUUCAGGAUUUUCUUGGAAAAGAGGUGACUUGUGAUGAGAUUUUUCUGCCUGAUUCUCUUUUUAUUAAAAAGCUGGACCUCAUUGAUGCUGUUGAGAUGGUCAAGAUUGUCUCAAAUGAAGAAAUUAAAGCUGCUCUCUUUGACAUAGAUGAUGAUAAAGCUCCUGGUCCGGAUGGGUUUUCGGCUAAAUUCUUCAAAUCCAUGUGGGCUAUUAUUGGAGAGGACUUUUGUUUGGCUGUCAAGGAAUUUUUUGCUAAUGGGAAAAUUCUCAAGGAAAUAAAUUCUACUGUCAUUGCUUUAGUCCCUAAAGUUAAUUCUCCUGGGAAAGUGAGUGACUUUAGACCUAUUUCAUGUUGUUCUGUCAUUUACAAAUGCAUCAGUAAGAUCAUUGUUGGAAGAUUAAGAAAUCAUUUAUGUUCUAUUGUCGCGGAUAACCAAUCUGCUUUUAUUCCGGGAAGAUCCAUCACUGACAAUAUUCUCCUAUCCCAAGAAUUGGUUAGGGGUUAUCACAGAGAUCGUGGUUAUUCUAGAUGUGCUCUCAAAGUGGAUAUCCAGAAAGCGUAUGAUACGGUGAAUUGGUCAUUUCUUCAAAAUAUUCUUUUUCACUUUGGAUUCCAUCCGGCGAUGAUAAAGUGGAUCAUGCAGUGUGUGAGCUCUCCUUCAUAUAUGAUUAGUAUGAAUGGAUCCUUUCACGGAUAUUUUGACGGAAAAAGAGGUCUCCGUCAGGGUUGCCCACUAUCUCCUUAUCUUUUUACCAUGGUGAUGGAAAGUUUUAAUUUGAUUUUUCAAAGAAGAAUAAGGAAUGAACCGUUGUUCAAGUAUCAUUGGAAAUGCAAGAAACUCAAACUCACGCACCUGUGUUUUGCGGAUGAUCUAAUGAUCUUCUGUCAUGGAAAUAAAGCCUCUGUCAGAGUGAUUAAAGACAGCCUUGAUGAAUUCGCUAAGGCUAAUGUGAAGAGGAAAAUUCUUAACACUCUUCCCUUUGUUGAAGGGAAGCUCCCAAUGAGAUAUUUGGGUAUUCCCCUCAUUUCUACGAGAUUGUUUAUCCGUGAUUGCAAAAGACUUGUUGAUAAAGUCCGAUGCAGAAUUGGUGAUUGGAGAAACAAAUAUCUUUCUUAUGCGGGGAGACUUCAGCUCAUCUCUUCGGUUUUGUAUUCCCUUCCUGUUUAUUGGGCUUCUUGUCUCCUUAUUCCAGCCUCUAUCACUAAGGAAAUUGAGAAACUGAUGAAGAAUUUUUUGUGGGACUAUGAUGAAUCUAAGAAGGGAAGAGCCAAAAUAUCCUGGAGAGAUUUUAUCCAUUCCUUGUGGGUUAAAUGGAUAAACAUUCAUGUUCUUAAAGGUAGAAGCUUUUGGGAUGAUAAGGAAAAACAGGAUCUUAGCUGGAGUUGGAGGAGCUUGAUUAGAUUGAGACCCAAAUUUAGAAAUCAUUUUUUUACCAAGAUCGGGAAUGGGGCUAACUCUUUUAUGUGGUCUGAUGAUUGGCAUCAAUUGGGUGCUUUCUCUCAUGUCCUCUCUCCUAGAGAGAUUGCUAGUGCUGGUUUCAGAAUUUCUGACAAGGUCAAGGAUGUUAUUGUGGACAAUUCUUGGUUCUGGCCUCCUGAGUGGCUCAUUCUUAUUCCUCAAUUGAAUGACUAUCAAUUGCCGAUUCUUGAUCCAAUGGUGGCUGACAGAGUUUUAUGGAGGAAAAGGGAUGGUCAAGUGGUUGAAUUUGAUAUUCAUCAAGUUUGGAGUGACCUAAAUUUUUGUGGUCAGAAGGUUCCUUGGGCUCAUCUUGUUUGGUUCAAACAACGUAUCCCUAGGCUUAGCUUCAUUUUAUGGCUUGCUAUCCAAGAGAGAUUGAUGACUCAGGAUAGAAUGAGAUUUUGGGAUAAAAAUAAGAAUCUCAAGUGUGUUUUUUGUAAUAUGCAGCCUGACUCGCAUAACCAUCUAUUCUUUGAAUUCUCGUAUUCUUCUCUUGUCUGGAAAAUGGUGAAAGAUAAAGUGGGAAUUACUAGUAAUUCUCAAGGAUGGAAAGAAUUAAUUGAAGAAUUUCAAGAUUUGUUAAAAGGGAAAAGCAUCCAAGUUUUUAUCAUGAAGAUUGCUUUUGCUGCUUCUGUUUAUUUCAUUUGGAGAGAAAGAAACUGCAGGCUUUUUAGAAAUGGAAAGUCUGAGGAGUUGAAAAUUGCUUUGAACAUCUUUGAAGAAAUUCGUUUAAAACUUAUUGGUCUCAAAGGUGUUUUUUUGGGUUUUGAUAAUGUUGUCAAGAGGAAGUGGGGUGUUCCGGUUGGUGACAAAAAUCAUGAUUUUUUGAUGAUUAAAGGAAUUGACGGGUUUGGGUUUAACAAUUUUCCUUUAAAAAUUGUUUUGCUUAUCGGUUUUAUCCCGAUUUUCUUGAGGAGUAUUCCUUUAGAUGUGGUUCUCAACUUGCAAAUGGGUUUUAUCCCCAUUAUUGGUUGUUUUCCUCCUUGGCAACUUGGAGUCUCCACUUUGGUGGGUGCCACUGCUAGUUCGAUUAGCAAGUGGUGGGAUAAUUACCCAUCAAUACCAGGGAUUGGGUACGUUUUCCUUAAACUGUACCACAAAUGGGUUGGUUGUUUCCCUUGUAAUUAUAAAAACAACCACUUUAUGGCUUUAUGGUAUAAUUGUAUGGUUACUGCUAUCUGGUUUAUCCCGGAUUUCAUUGGAAUUUUUUCCUUUGAAGUGGAUUUUUUCUUAUUGCAAUUGGGUAUGAUCCCCAUUAGUUGGUGCUUUCUUCCUAGGCAACUAGGAAUCUCCACGUAUGUGGGUGCCACUGCUAGUUCGAUUAGCAAGUGGUGGGAUAUUCACCCGGCAAUACACGGGAUUGGGUACGUUAACCUUAGACUGUACCACUCACAGGUUGGUUGUUUCCUUUGUAUCCAUAAAAACAACCACUUUUGGAGCCUUAUGGAUCCUUUUUUGUUAAUUGCUUUCUGGUUUAUCCCAGAUUUCAUUGGAAUUUUUUCCUUUGAAGUGGUCAAUUCUUUAAAACAAACGGGUUUGAUCCCCGUUAGUUGGAAUUUUCUUCCUAGGCAACUAGGAAUCUCCACUUUAGUGGGUGCCACUGCUAGUUCGAUUAGCAAGUGGCGGGAUAUUUACCCGUCAAUACACUGGAUUGGGAAUCGUCUCAAGAAUUUUGUGAUGGAUAAUGGGCUUAUCUAUUGGAGCUUAUCGGAUUUUAAAGUGAAGAUUGGGAAGAAGUUCAAUAAUUGCAUUUUGGAGAAGAUUGGGAAGAAUUGCAUGAAGAAUAAAGCUCAAAGUUCAAAGUUGAUUGCUAUUUUGGGUUUUAGUUUGGUUUGGAGAACUUUGAAAGCUAUUGAUGAUUUGAUUGAAUUGGCCAAUGAUUCUCUUGAUUUGGAAGCUCCUUGGAUGUAUUGGAAGAUUAGCAUUAUUCAAACCUUGGAUUAUUUGUUUGAGUAUGAGGCCAUUUUUUGGGGUUUGACUUGGUGGAGGAUUAAAAGCUACAUGAAGAUUGAAGAUUUUGAAGAUUUUGAUGAAGUUAAGGCCGACAAAAUCGAAAAUGGUGGGAGUGAGAUUGCGAGGUCUUCAAAUGGUUCUGAAGUCGAUGUUAUGGCCCCGCUAAUGGCUCCAUUGGUUAAUUACAUCACGAUUAAGAAGGAAGAGAUCUCAAUUGAAGAUUUGAGUUCCCCUGUUCUUGAAUUUGAAAAGGAUAUCACGCAAUUUUGUAGCCCAGGAGAGAAGGAAGCGAUGAUGUUAUUUUGGAAUGGAUUAACUAUGAGCGAAAAGGAAGGAUUCGUCCAUGGCUUAAGGUUUAUCAAGAAAAAAUACAACAAGGAAGGUGAGUUUGAUUCUUCUUAUGAUGGUUCUAUUGAUAAUGUCGAGAAACUCUCCUCUGUUAGUCAAAGGAAUGAUAUUCUGAUGAACUGGAAAGAUCUCAAUCAAAAGAAGAAGGAGAAGGUGGUUCAUAAAUUGUGUACUAGCAAAAUAAAAAAACAGGUGGAAGCUAAUUUUGGGAAGAACCGUGUGCCCUUUAAAUCUUCUGCUUCUUUGUUUCCUGUGGUAAUUGAUAUGAAGAAGACAUCCGAUUUUGAAGCUUCGGAUGGAUUGCAGAAAGUGGGAGAAACUGUGUUAAACCUCAUUCCUGAAGGUGUCCCAAUCUCGAAUAAUAAUACCCCUGUGAUUGUGGAUCUUCAAGAAAUUUGUUCUAUGCGAUCACAGGACAAGGAGAAGAAGGUAAAGAAGAAGAUUGAAAUUGAUGAGAUAGUUAAUCAACAACUUGAACAAGUUUGUAAUGAGAUUAUCUUUCACUUUCCUAGCAAGUUUAAUCACUUAGAGCUUGCUAAUGAUGGUGAAUUUAAAUUCAAGUAUGUUGAUGCUGAUGAAGAGGAGUAUGAGGGACAAAUGAAUAUAGAUGAUAAGGAAGAGAUUAGAACAACUGGUUAUAAUACAAAUGGAGGGCUUCUUAUAACCGAGGAUAUGCUGGAAGAAAUGAAGGCUAGUAAUGUCAAGGGUAAGGAGGAGAAGUUUAUCCCUGUGCAAAAUUCUGUGGAAGAAAAAAAUGAUGGAAAAGUUUCGUAUGCUAAAAAAAUGAGUGGAAAGAAAAUGAAUGCAGCAAAUCUUAUCUCUAAAGUUAAAAAGAAUGUUGAUCUUCCUAAAGGAGUUGUGGAAAUGCCUAUUAGUGACAUUCUUAAAGGCUGCAGCCCUUUCAAGACAACGUUGUAUGGUUAUUUUAUUGACAAACAUGUUAACUUUUUCAAUGUUAACAAGUUUGCUCACAAUAUGUGGAAGAAAUAUGGCUUGGAAGAGGUUAUGGUAAAUGACGAAGGGAUUUAUUUUUUCAGAUUCAGCUCAGAACAAGGUCUUCUUUCGGUGCUGGAAGGGGGAGUGUGGAUGAUCUAUGAUAGUGCUCUCAUUAUCCGAAGAUGGACCACAUGUGUUAGCUCAGUUAAAGAUCAGCAUGAUAAAAUUCCUGUUUGGGUUAAGAUAUAUAAUGUACCCUUGGAGUAUUGGAAUGGGACAGGAUUGAGCCAUAUAGCUUGGGAGAUUGGAAAGCCUCUAGAUGUUGAUGCUCAUACUGCCAAAAUGUGUCAAGAACAUUGGGGAAGACCGGCUUUUAUGAGAAUUUUAAUUGAAAUGUCUGCAGCUAAAGAUUGGCUUAAAGAGGUGCUCAUUUACUCUUUGGACUUAACCACAGGUGAAAGAAUUCUCUCCAAAUGUAAGAUAGAAUAUGCUUGGAAUCCUUCUAAGUGUUCUCAUUGUAAAGUCUAUGGACAUACGGAUUCUAAAUGUGGAAUAUUAUUAGCUAAGGAAGCAAAGGAAAGCAAUAUUGCGACUGGGAAUGAGGAAAAUAAGGAUGGAAAGAAACUAGAUUUAAUGGAGGUUCUCAUUGCUAGCACGAAAAAAGUGGAAGAAGACAGUGAAGGGUUUCAACUUGUUAGUAAAAGAAAUAAGGGGAAUAAUGUGGGAGGACAAGGUAAGGAGGAAAUGGAAAAAAAGAACCAAAUGCCGGUUCAGGGGCAAAAUGGGAAUUAUCAGAGAAAUGGAAAAAAUGGGGCUGGUAUUAAUGUUGGAAGUCAGGGGCAGAAAGGGAAUUAUGGGUUGAAACAGGGGAAUAAUAAUGGGGGGAAUCAAUGGAUUAAAGGAAAAGCAGUUCAGGGGUAUAAUGGGAAAAAUUAUAGCAAUAAUGGGAAUUCUUCUGGUGGAAAAUUAGAGCAGGGGCAAAGCAGCAAAAGUAAUUAUUCUGUGAAAAAAGGAAAUGUUGUAGGAGCUGUUUCAGUGGAAAAAAGUUAUCAAAAGUUUAAUCAUAAAGAGGAGCUGGGGAAAAAAGAAGAUAAUGGGCAAAAGUAUGUUCCAAGAUCUAGUCCCGACAUAAAGAUUAGUUCAAAUUUUGAUUUGAACAAUCAGAAUGUUAUUGAUACCGGUUCUGUGGAGUUUGUUUCUAAAAAUAAAUUCGAUGUCUUAAUGAAUUUGAAAGAGGAGAAUCAAUACGGGAGUUCGAAAAGGGGUGUUGCUGAUAUCGAUCUUGAUUAUUUGGACACGGUUGAUCAAAUGGAAGUAAUUGGUGGUAUCCCUUUGUAUGAUACCAAAAUGGAAGCUGGUUCCAAUGAUGUUUAA